AUGAAUCCUUCUACUACAACUACAGCUGGCAAAAGCAAUACCGGUCCGGUAUAUCGUAUACCACCGUAUCAUUAUAUUCAUGUGCUCGAUCAAAAUACUAAUGUGACACGUCUUGAAAUUGGCCCAAAAACAUUUAUCAAACAAGAUAAUGAAACCGUUACCAUUGGACCAGAAAAGAUGAUUACCGUGCCACCACGUCAUUACUGCGUUGUCGAAUCACCAGUAGUACGUAACGAGGCCGGCGAAGUUGAAUUCGAUAAAAAUGGUCAAGCGAAAUUGAUUCAUGCUGAUUUGGAUAUUCGUCUUGCAAGUGCAGACCAAGCACCCUUUCCACUCUACCCAGGAGAAGUCCUCCGUCAGCCGGUAACUCCUUUGAAAGUAGUACCAGCCAAUUCAGCAUUACGUUUGAAAGCUGUUCUUGAUUUCGAUGAUGAAACAACUAAAGAACAACGUAAAGCCGGUGACGAAUGGUUAUUCGAAGGACCAGCCACUUAUAUCCCACGAAAGGAAGUUAGUGUGGAAGAACAAAUUCGUGCUACUGUCAUCGGUUCCAAUCAAGCCAUUCGACUCUGUGCUAAAAAAGAAAUCACCGAUCGAAAUGGCCAACGACGUGUUACCGGUGAAGAAUGGUUAGUAAAAAAGACUGGUGCUUACCUACCAUUAGCAUAUGAAACCGUUGUUUCAGUCGAGAAUGCCUAUGUUUUAACCGAUAAGAAAGCUCUACAUAUUCGUGCAUUGAAAACUUUUACUGAUGAUUUCGGUAAAGAACGCAUGAAUGGUGAAGAAUGGCUUGUUACACAUACAGAUACAGAAACACAUAUUCUCAGUGUCUAUGAGCAAUUAGUUGCUGUCGUUGAUGUUAUCACUCUGAAUUCACGUCAAUACUGCGUCAUUCUCGAUCCUGUUGCCGAUGGCAAGCCACAAUUGGGAAGAAAGAAACUUGUUGUUGGUGAAAAAUCCUUCUUUCUUCAACCCGGCGAAAAACUUGAAAAUGGUAUUCAAGAUGUUUACAUCUUAGGCGAAGACGAAGGUGUCAUUCUCAAAUGUAUUGAAACAUUCGAAGAUCAACAAGCUGGUACAACACGAAAUCCUGGUGACCGAUGGAUGAUUCGUGGUCCAACUGAAUAUAUUCCUCCCACACAAGUCGAAGUGCUCACCCGCCGCAAGGCACUUCCAUUAGAUGAAAACGAAGGUAUCUAUGUUCGUGAUAUCAAAACUGGCCGUGUCCGAGCCGUUGUCGGUGAAACUUAUAUGCUCACACAAGACGAAGAACUUUGGCAAAAAGAAUUACCAAAACAAGUCGAAGACUUAUUAUCACGUGACCCAUUAGCUGAGCGCAAUGUUCCAACGCGUAAUCAAGGAUCAGAUAAAUCUCAACAGCAAGGCACUACCACUCAAGCAUCGGGUGCAAAGACAACCAAACGUGAUAAAUCCAAACUAGUCACUUACCGUGUGCCACAUAACGCCUGUGUCCAAAUCUAUGAUUAUAAAGCGAAGAAAGCACGUAUUGUUUUCGGUCCUGAACUCGUUAUGCUCGGCCCUGAUGAACAAUUUACAUUACUUUCAUUAAGUGGUACUGUACCGAAAAAAGCCAAUCAAAUUCAAACAUUAUGUUUACUUCUUGGUCCUGACUUCUUUACUGAUGUCAUUGUGAUUGAAACAGCUGAUCAUGCUCGUCUUUCCCUUCAACUUUCCUACAAUUGGCACUUCGCUGUUCACGAUAGAAAUGAUGAAAAAGAAGCGGCUAAACUUUUCUCAGUUCCUGACUUUGUCGGUGAUGCAGCUAAAGCAAUCGCUUCACGUGUUCGUGGCAUUGUUGCUGGUACACAGUUCGAUGAUUUCCACAAGAGUUCAGCAGAAAUCAUCCGUGCCGCAGUUUUUGGUCUUGAUGCUGAUAAACGCGUUCGCGAUCAAUUUGUUUUCCCUCAAAAUAAUCUCGUUAUCACAUCCAUCGAUAUUCAAAGUGUCGAACCUGUUGAUCAACGAACACGUGAUGCACUUCAGAAGAGUGUCCAAUUGGCUAUCGAAAUCACAACCAAUUCACAAGAAGCUGCCGCUAAACAUGAGGCUUCACGACGUGAACAAGAAGCCAAAGGUUUAUUAGAACGACAACGUAUUAAAGACGAAGCUGAAGCUGAAGAAGUUCGUAAACAACUUCUCGAAUUACAAGCACAAUCAGCUGCUGUCGAAUCAACUGGUCAAGCUAAAGCUGAAGCUCAAAGUCGAGCAGAAUCCGCCAAAAUCGAAGGAGAAGCUGCCGUCGAACAAGCUCGUCUCAAAGCUGAAGCUACUCGUAUCGAAGCCGAGGCUGAAUUAUCACGCUUGAAAUUAGCUCGUGAAGCUGAGAUCAAAUUUGUUCAUGAUCAAAAUGAAUUAGAAAUUAGUAAAAAAGCUGAAAUGUCACGCAUUGAAACAGAAAAAUUCAAAUUACAAGUCGAAUCCAUUGGAUCGUCCACCAUUCAAGCCAUUGCUACCUCUGGCCCAGAUACUCAAGUCAAACUUCUUCAAGCACUCGGUCUUCAAUCAAUGCUUGUCACCGAUGGUCAUACACCGAUCAAUCUUAUGGGAUUUGGCCAAGGUCUUCUGGGUGGUUUAACCGCAAACACCAGCCGAAAUGCUGGAGCAUCCCGAAACACUUCAAAUGGAUAUCAAGUCGUCGAAAACGAAUAA